CAUGUGCAGUUGGUAUCUCUGGCUCCUGUGAGAGCGCGGCGGCGCUGUGGGUGGGGGAAUUGCUCGGGAGUGCGUGGUGGGGGAUGGCGUUGGCUCUCGGCUACCCCUCGCCCGCGCUUCAGAAUAUAAUACAACUGUUUCUAUUCCUGUGGUGAUCAGAAAUAAACAUUUUUGUUUUUGGACUUGGUAACAUGGCAAAAGAUGCUGGUCUCAUUGAAGCUAAUGGAGAGUUAAAGGUUUUUAUAGAUCAAAAUCUUAGUCCAGGAAAAGGUGUUGUUUCAUUAGUAGCUGUUCACCCCUCAACACUUGGAAAACAGCUUUUGCCAAAAACAUUCGGACCGUCGAAUGUCAACAUUGCACAACAAGUGGUUAUUGGUACACCACAGAGACCAUCAGCCCCAAAUACUAUUUUAGUAGGAAGUCCACAUACUCCCAAUACACACUUUGUAUCACAGAAUCAGACUGCAGAUUCUUCACCUUGGUCUGCUGGGAAACGAAACAAAAAGGGAGAGAAGAAUGGCAAGGGUUUACGACACUUCUCUAUGAAGGUUUGUGAGAAGGUUCAGAGGAAAGGAACUACUUCAUACAAUGAAGUAGCAGAUGAGUUAGUUGCAGAAUUCAGUACUGCAGAUGCUCACAUCUCACCAAAUGAAUCACAGGCCUAUGAUCAGAAAAAUAUAAGGCGACGGGUCUAUGAUGCCUUAAAUGUUCUUAUGGCCAUGAACAUUAUUUCCAAGGAAAAGAAAGAAAUCAAAUGGAUUGGUCUACCUACAAAUUCAGCUCAGGAAUGCCAGAAUUUAGAGGUGGAGAGGCAGAGAAGACUUGAAAGAAUAAAGCAAAAACAGUCACAACUACAAGAAUUAAUUCUUCAGCAAAUUGCCUUCAAAAAUCUUGUUCAGCGAAAUCGUCAUGCAGAGCAGCAAGCAAAUAGACCACCAACUUCUAAUUCUGUCAUUCACUUGCCAUUUAUCAUAGUGAACACCAGCAAGAAAACUGUAAUUGAUUGCAGUAUUUCUAAUGACAAGUUUGAAUAUCUAUUUAAUUUUGAUAAUGCAUUUGAAAUACAUGAUGAUAUUGAAGUAUUGAAGCGAAUGGGAAUGGCAUUUGGACUAGAAUCUGGAAGUUGCUCAGCAGAAGAUCUAAAAAACGCAAGGAGCUUGGUUCCUAAAGCUCUUGAACCAUAUGUGACAGAAAUGGCUCAGGGAUCAAUCAGCAAUGUAUAUGUCUCAUCUUCAUCAGGUUCAGCUUCAAAUGGGACAAGAUUUUCCAACAGUGACUACUCAAAUGGAGGAGAUGGAAUGUUGGCUACAAGUUCCAAUGGAUCUCAAUACAGCGGCUCCAGAGUAGAGACACCAGUGUCUUAUGUAGGGGAUGAUGACGAUGACGAUGAUGAUGAAUUUAAUGAAAAUGAUGAUGAUGACUGAUACUUUUUGCCUGUAGACUUUUUUAUUUUUAAAAUUCAGCAAGCGGCAGGAAUAAAUUCUAGGAAGAGAUUGUCAAAAAUUGUCCCAUCAAGAAGAUACUGGUAAGAGUCUGAAUUUAGAAAAUUGCACCUCCAAUAAAGUAAAGAUUGUUUGUUUUUUAUGUAGAUUUUUUUACAUGUGAUGAGGAUGUGUGUGUUAAUACCAGUAUGUUAAUGCAGAACUUUUAUUUACUUUUGCUUAGGAUUUUUAACUUGAAGGAAAAUGCAUUUUGCCCCUAAAUGUUGUCACAAAGUUUGAAAUGUAGCCACAUUUAAUGGAAAAUAAAAUCUGUCCACCUGUCAAAAUGCAUACAUGAAUGGCAUUUUAUUUAGAUUGCAUUUAGGUGACAUCGUACUGAUGCAUAGCAAUCAGAU